CCCCUCUGCCCAGAUCCACUACGAGGCUAGAGUCUCCGGCAGAGCGGCGCGCAACACAACACAACACAACACAACACACUGACAGCUGCGACUGACUCACAGCCGAGGGGAGAAAGAUGGAGCGCAGAGACACCGACUUCAGCAUACUGUUAGCGACCGAUUCAUACAAGGUAACACAUUACAAACAGUACCCACCCAACACGAGUAAAGUGUACUCCUACUUCGAGUGCCGCGAGACGAGGACCGAUCCCACCAAAAGCAGAAAAGUCAAAUAUGACAAAACCGUCUUCUACGGCCUCCAGUACGUCCUCCACAAAUACCUUAAAGGAAAGGUGGUGACUCCCGAGAAGAUCCAGGAGGCAAAGGAAGUCUACAGAGAGCACUUCCAGGAUGACGUGUUCAACGAGAAGGGCUGGAAUUACAUUUUGGAUAAAUACAAUGGCCACCUGCCCAUUGAAAUCAAGGCGGUGCCAGAGGGCAGUGUCAUUCCUCGAGGCAAUGUUUUGUUCACAGUGGAGAGCACGGAUCCUGAAUGCUACUGGCUCACCAACUGGGUGGAGACAAUCCUGGUUCAGAUCUGGUACCCCAUAACUGUGGCGACCAACUCCAGGGAGCAGAAGAAGAUCCUCGCCAAGUAUCUCUUAGAGACCUCCGGAAACUUGGAGGGACUCGAGUAUAAACUACAUGACUUUGGAUACAGGGGCGUCUCAUCACAAGAGACUGCAGGCAUCGGGGCCUCCGCCCAUCUGGUCAACUUCAAGGGCACCGACACGGUUGCCGGCAUCGGAGUCAUUAAGAAGUAUUACGGCACCAAGGACCCUGUGCCAGGCUUCUCAGUGCCUGCUGCAGAGCACAGCACCAUCACAGCGUGGGGAAAGGACCAUGAAAAAGAUGCCUUUGAGCACAUCAUCAAGCAGUUUCCCAAUGUGCCGGUGUCCAUAGUCAGCGACAGCUAUGACAUCUAUAACGCCUGCGAGAAGAUCUGGGGAGAAGACCUACGGGAGCUGAUAGUCAAGCGCAGCGCAAAUGCUCCAUUGGUCGUUCGACCAGAUUCAGGAAACCCACUCGAUACAGUUCUGAAGGUUUUGGAGAUCCUGGGUAAAAAGUUUACUCCAGUGGAGAACUCCAAAGGUUUUAAGGUUCUCCCUCCUUACAUCCGAGUCAUACAAGGAGACGGAGUCGAUAUCAACACACUGCAAGAGAUCGUAGAAGGCAUGAAGGAACACAGGUGGUCCAUUGAGAACAUUUCCUUCGGCUCCGGCGGGGCUCUGCUGCAGAAACUCACCCGAGAUCUGCUCAACUGUUCCUUCAAAUGCAGCUACGUGGUCACAAAUGGACUGGGGGUGAACGUGUUCAAGGACCCAGUGGCGGACCCCAACAAGAGGUCAAAGAAAGGUCGCCUGUCUCUGCACCGGACGCAGAGCGGAGACUUUGUCACCCUGGAGGAGGGCAAGGGCGACCUGGAGGAGUAUGGCGUGGACCUGCUGCACACGGUCUUUCAGAACGGGAAGAUUGUGAAGACGUACACAUUUGAUGAGGUCAGAGACAAUGCUAAGCUCAAAGAGAACGAGCUCGAAGAGCUGCUGCACUGAGUGCAGCACGACUACGCCCCCAACCCACCUCCUUGAAACCCAAAAUAACCCAUCCCCCCCGUCAACCCCUUCACCUUUUUGGCCUCCGACGUCACCCGAGAAAAUGGAGGUAGCGUGCACUGCUAAUAGCCCCCACUCCCAAAGCCCGAGAGCCCUCUGAAACGUUCCCCAACAACCUGAGACACCCUGAAAAUUUGAGGAACCUCACCCACAUUUGUUCCAAAACGCUGACGGUUGUGUUCUCCAGUGGAGAGUGAGAGGUUUGGAAACACACCCUCGAUCAACGGCGAAACACCGUAUGAGUAUGAGGUGGAAAAAUAAAAGAGAGAAAAUAUUUGAGAGGUACAGUUAGCGACGGGGAUGGCAGCCGAUUCUCACGAUACACCGUGGGUUCACGUCUCCAUGCUGCUGCCCUAAAUUUGAACCGCGGCAUGUGGCACUGAUAGGCUGAACAUAUUGCAACAUAAAGAUUCCGAGUGGCUGUCGAUAGCGCAAUGUGUCUGCAGACUUUUUUCCGUGCCGACACACAGCCAAUGAGAUGUGAUUGUAGUUUUUCCGAAUAAGCUCCCCCGGCAGCUGCAUGAGGAGUGAAGGCACGGUGAGCCAAACAGAACGGUCAUGAAGGAAAAGAGAAAUGUGAAGCCACGCCCAUGCCCACACAGAUGACCGUGCCCCGUGUAUUGUGUACAGAGCUGUUUAGAAAGAAGAAAAAAAAACCCAUACAUGUCUGAAUCUACUUAGCUUUGUUAUUAAUGUGAAGGAUGCACAGGAUGAUCAUGGUAUAUAACCUGCACCUUUACCUCGUCGUGGACGAUAAAGGAAUUCAUUUUUCCCCACUUGUCUCUCAAUUUUAAUCAAUAACAUCUAUUGAAUAUUACGUGAGUAUUUUGUACUCUUACUCUGAAUACACUUUUAAUUGGUGCAUGUCUGCAGUUAUGUAAAUGAUCAUCUACUGCCCACAGUGCGUUCACAUCAUGGAGGCUCAAUCCACAAUCUGAUCAUACCUCAAAAACAAAAAUCACAAACUCUGAGGUUGGCUUAAUCCUCCCUCCAUGGUCAGUGAUGUUUUAAUAAAGGGCAUUUAGAAAAGCUCAUUUUCAAUCAAUAAUUUCAGAGUUACGUUACUUUUUUCUUGUGGACUAGAAGGAGUGAAAAGUUUUGGGAUCGGGUCUUCAUGAUGAUGAAUACUGUUGAAACCAGUCUUUACUGUAUACGACCAAGAGCUUAUGUUUGAAGAAAAAAAUAUACAUCUCAGAAGUGGUCUUCACUGGAAUUAAGAUGAUUUAAUUAUGUAAUGGAAGAUUACAUAUGUGACUCCUGAUAGUGUUAAAUGUUUGCUCGUGUGCGUGUGUUUGAGAGAAAGAGAGAUUGGAUCUGUGUGUGUGUGUACUUUCUUUCUUUAAAGGACUGUGUAGUAUUCCUUUAUGCAAAUGUGUAUUGUUGAACAGGGGAAUGGCGAAAACUCUUCCUUUUACUUUACUUUUUAUUCUGAAAGGAAACUUUUCUGGGUGUUAAUUAUCCUCCCGUUCAGAGCGUCAUUCCUGUUUGUAGUUUGCGCUAAGUCACAUUGCUGAGUCGGCCCUUUUUCAGAGUGAGGGGAUUUUUCCGUCAGAUCUUUGAGGGAGAGCCGGGAGCUGGUGACAUCACAAGAAACUUUUUUUUAAAGGCCAUAGUCAAACUAUUGUGGGGAACAUUAUCAGGCUGAUUCACGACUUGAAUGUCAUGAAUUGAUUAGAGAUAAAAACACUGGUUGCAAUACCUGCAACAUUAAUGACAUUCCCAUUUGCCCCCCUUGUGCUUUGGUUCAGUGCUAAUUAGUAAAGUGCUUGAAAGAUAAUACGGCAAACUAAAGCUGCUUUCAGACAUUAUCCUGUACUUGUCCGGACCCAAUUUUCCGGCCAUUUUCCAGAGUUCAUGUUUGAAAACAGCUUCGGAUGGAGAAUGUGGUUGGCCAUUUCAGUCUCUCCAGUCAUUCUGCUGCUUCACAUUCGUCAUUUCACACACACUCACCUGGGAGCUGCCCGCUGCGACCACGACCUUACUCACUUUCCCCCAGGGACACGUAACCCUGUUCAGUUUUCUGUGAUUUUUAGUUUCGACCUUGAAGAAACCUGUGACGUCACCGCCCCCCUCGCCUCUCGCCGCUGCCUGAGACCAACCCGCUCGCACUCAGACAAGCUGGUAAACACCACAGUUAUUUCUAUUUGUAUUCUUGUUUCUUCGGUGUCACCUGUCGAAAACGAUUUGUCAUCCAAUUGUUCCGGAGCAACAGCACAGUUGUCUUCUCUUUAUUUUUUUCAACGGCAGGCUUUAUUUUAGAAGACUUAUGAUUUGACUGUUUUCAUACUGUCUCGAUUCUUACCUCAGAGAAAUUUUAUUUUGUAUGAUGAAGGAGAAAAGAAAAAGCCAGCCAACUAUAUUCUUCCAAAUGAUGCGGCCAUUCUGCCUUCUCACUUGUACAUACAACAACUUGAUGGACCAAAAGCAGAGAGGGCAGGUAAGGGAGAUGACCACACCAGAUAAUAUUAUUAUUAUUCUAAUUAUUAUUAUUUUGUCAGAAUUACCAUUUUUGUACCAAUGGAAAAUCUUCAAAACUGCUUGACUGAACUGUCAGUGUGACUGUCUAUUUUGUUUGUGCGUGUGUGUGUAGUUCUUGUGAAUGCCUUGUGUAACGGAUGAAAAAGUGUUUUGUGAAUAUAUAUUUUUUUUCCUUUACGUUGUCGUCGUUGUUUAACUCGUAUGUAUAUGUUGGUUGUCCCAAAUUCUCUCCCGACACAACUGGUAUUUUACCCAACACAAGUUGCUAUAUUGUCAUUGAUACACUGAUUAAAGAUGCCACACUCUCAGUUUGAAA